AUGAUUAUAAUUAAACUACAUAAAAUAUUUAAAGAACGUUAUCGUAUGUGUCAACAGCACGGUGAUCGUAAUCCGAAUGAACUACGUCGGAUAGCUGGACACUUGGCUAUGACAACAAUGUUUUUUAUUCUAAAUAUUCCAUUGAUUAUUGUUGUCUUGUUAAGACAACACGCCGAUUACAGUAACUACAAUUCAUUGUAUCCACAGCAUGUGUUAAAAUUGAAACAUCUAUCCAAAUUGUUUAGUUCAAUGAAAUCAUUGAAUUCAGCUAUGGAAUUUCCCACAUUUUUUAUAUUUCUGCCUUCAUUUCGUUUACACUUGCGUCAUUUAUUCUGUGGUAAACAAAAACGUUUUGGUAAGAAUGAUGUUUUUAAUCUACGCGGAAUGCGGGCGACAAUCAGUAGUGUAAUAGGACAUAAAAGUAGUAGUAAAGAAUUGGAGUCGAAAUCAAGUAAUCAUCAUGAAAAGUAUAAAUCAAAUUUUACAAAGGGUGAAAAAACAUUUAAUCAAAGUGCAAACAUAUAA